AUGAGUGCGAUGAGGGCGUGCACGUUGACUGCGUUGUGUGCAGUGGGCCUCCUGGUGCAGGUGGUCGCCAUCCCCGUGGACAAUGGGGUGGUGGGCGAGCCGGUGGUGGAGUGCGGACCGCACGCCAUCGAGGUCACCUUUCAAACACAGUAAGCCCCAUUUUUUGCGUUCUAAUGCAGCUUACUGUAAAUGCUAAUUGCCAUGUUUUCUUGACUUGUUUCAUACUCGAUUUCGUAUGUUCAGAAACCCGUUCCACGGCCGUUUAUAUGUGAAAGGAAGAGCCGCUGAUGGUGACUGUAGUAAUGAACAGAUCGGACGGACUUCCACGGGAAUUACUUUGCCAUUCGACGCCUGCAACGUCCAAAGACUCCGAUCGCUGUGAGUUGCAGUGCUUUUUACUGUCUUCUUAUACGGUACUAUAGCAUGUCGGGAAAAUAAUGAGCCUUCUGUCGCUUCGAAAAUCGCAUCGCCGUCGAGGAAAUGAAUUGCGUUGCGACAAAAUAGAAUUGCUUUUCACUUCAGCGACGCGGGGCGACAUUAUGGUGAUCAUUUUCCCGACAGAUUAAUACUGUGCGAUAGUAGCAGUCAAACCAAGAACUCUUGGCAGGCUUUUACACGGCGCGGCGAAAUGACUUUGCGCGACAAACGAUCAGCACAGUGCGCUUUCUUGGCAUGCUUUUGCACGGUGCGCUCGGCGCGGCGAAGUGACUCUGCGCGGCAACCAAAGUGCACGGACAUUUUUUUGCUUACGCACAGUGCAUUUUGAACUUUUUCCCACGCUUGUCGCCAGCGCACAGUGCAUGUUCUCUUUCUGCACAGUGCAGCCCUAAAAAAGGCCGUUUGCACUGUGCGUUUUGAAUUGUUUCCCACGCUUGUCGCCAGCGCACAGUGCAUGUUCUCUUUCUGCACAGUGCAACCCUAAAGAAGGCCGUUUGCACUGUGCAUUUUGAACUGUUUCCCACGCUUGUCGCCAGCGCACAGUGCAAUCCCAAAAAAAGCAAAUUGCACAUAAACCUGCUUGUGUCGCGGCGAUAUUUCAUGCACAGUGCAAAAACAAGAAAAGUGAAAUGCACGGUGCAAAACGGGGAGAUUUUUUGUACUUUACGGGCGGCGACAAAUGUCCAUGCACUUUAUGAAAAUACCAAUUUCUGGGUGAUUUUAGAAACCCUAAGGGGAUUUUCGCCUCGACCACGGUUGUGAUCUCCUUCCAUCCGAUUGUAAGUCCACCAAAUUCGUUGCAAUUUCCCAAUCUUUUGUGUAGUUUGUAACCAAAGUGGAUCGCGUCUACCACAUCCAAUGCUUCUACAUGGAAGCCGAGAAGACGGUGAGCCAAAACCUGGACGUCAGCGACCUCACCACCGCCCUGGCGACGCAUCUUUUGCCGAUGCCGGUGUGCCGCUACGAGGUGUUGGACGGCUCGCCCACCGGGCAGCCGGUGCAGUUCGCGGUCGUCGGCCAGCAGGUCUACCACAAAUGGACCUGCGACACCGACACCCAGAACACCUUCUGCAUGGUGGUGCACACCUGUUUCGUGGACGACGGCGCCGGCGAAAAAGUGGAGCUGCUGGACGAGAAUGGAUGCGCCAAGGACAAGUUCCUGCUGAACAACCUCGAAUAUCCGGACGACCUGAAUGCCGGCCAAGAGGCGCAUGUGUUCAAGUACGCGGACCGAGCGCAGCUCUUCUUCCAAUGUCAGGUGGCGUUGAGUUUGAAGGAUGGGGCCACGGAAUGCGCACGGCCCGGCUGUGCGGAGCCCGGGAAUCGGGUGAAGCGACAUUUGAAGAGGUGGGUUAUUAUCGUAGUUUUAUACAUAGCACUAUAAUAUAAUAGUAACAGUCUGUCGGGAAAAUAAUGAGCACUCUGUCGCAUCCAAAAAUCGUGUCGCCGCCGAGAAAAUAAAUUGUGUCGCGACAAAGUCAAAUUGCUUUUCAUCGAUGCGAUUUAUACUCAUUAUUUUCCCGACAGACUGACAGAAUGUCUUUACAUGUUGCCGCGGUCCGCACCGUGCACAAAAACCUCCCAUUUUGCACCGUGCAUUCCACCAUUUUUUGGUUUUGCACAGUGCAUCGGAAUAUCGCGCUUUUUGUGGCUUGCACGGCUCGAAAAAUAAAAAAAUGCACGGUGCGUUCGUUUCGCGACAAACUUUUAUCCGCACUGUGCAGCACUUUGCGACAACUUUUUUCAUGCACGGUGCAUAUUUUUUUGCGUGGACAUUUCCCCCACAAUGCACUGUGCAUUUUGACCUUUUUCCAGGAAUUGUCGCUAACGCACAGUGCAUUUUUAUAUAUUUUCGCACAGUGCAAACCAAAAAAAUGUCGUUUGCACCGUGCAAAUUCUUCGGCAAACCUGCGGCGACGCCAAAUGUUUACUUUUGCACAAUUUUUUUUGUUUUUUGCACCGUGCAAUUUCAUAGGCUUUUUUAGAAAAAAGUCAGCUAACAUCCAGACUUUUUUCGCACGGUUCGAGUCGCAAAAAUUGCUCCCGCGACUUUGCGAACGGGCCUGUACUCCCUCAAUGGGUUGUAAUCACUUCCCUACCAGAGAUUGCCACGGCUCCGGAGUCGGCUCUUGGCUCCGGCUCCGAGCCGAGAGCCGGAAAUUUUGGGGUCGGCUCCGGCUCCCGAGCCCAAAGUCGGAGCCAGGCUUCCCAGCGGUCAGAAAAGUAAAAAUUUCGUGAUCUUGUUAAACCAAAUUGCUUAAAACACGCUGCGGAGGAUGUGACUUGACUGCAAAAACGUUGGCUGUAUGAUCUCUGGCACUAAUAACUUUAAUUUUUGGAAAAAUAUUUUUUAAAAAACAUUUUGCAUAGGAGCCGGGAUUCGAAGCGGGGGGCCUUUUUAAAUUUUGCACGGAGCCGGAGCUGCAAAUUUGGCCUCGGCGCGAAAUUUUGACCGUGGCAAUCUCUGCUUCCCUACCCACAUUUCCCUUUACCUGCAGCCUUUCUCACUCAAUUUUCAGCCUCCCCUUGGACACCCUCAAUUCCGUGGACGUCGCAUCGCCAGAAAUCACUGUUCUUGACGCCGACCUCGUCCACCAUCAACCCGAACCCACAACCGACGUCUGUGUGCAGCCAUCUCCAGUGUUAUUCGUGGUUUUCGUUGGAGCCAUAGCCUUGACAAUUUUGGUCAUCAUUUUAUUGGUGAAUCGACGAAACUAG